AUGGCCGCGAACUGCGCGGGGGCCGCGGGGACGGCGGGGGGCGGCGGGGCCGCGCUGGGCUCGGCCCUCAGCGCCAGCAAGACCAAGACCAAGAAGAAGCACUUCGUGUGCCAGAAGGUGAAGCUGUUCCGGGCCUCGGAGCCGCUGCUCAGCGUCCUCAUGUGGGGGGCGAACCACACGAUCAACGAGCUCAGCAAUGUCCCCGUCCCUGUCAUGUUGAUGCCCGAUGACUUUAAAGCCUACAGUAAGAUCAAGGUGGACAAUCAUCUAUUCAACAAGGAGAACUUGCCAAGUCGCUUUAAAUUUAAGGAGUAUUGUCCACUGGUGUUCCGGAACCUCCGGGAAAGAUUUGGGAUCGAUGAUCAGGACUACCAGAACUCGGUGACCCGCAGUGCCCCCGUGAACAGCGACAGCCAGGGCCGCUGCGGCGCCCGCUUCCUCACCACCUACGACAGGAGGUUCGUCAUCAAGGCCGUGUCCAGCGAGGACGUGGCAGAGAUGCACAACAUCCUCAAGAAGUACCACCAGUUCAUCGUGGAGUGCCACGGGAACACCCUCCUGCCCCAGUUCCUGGGCAUGUACCGGCUCACGGUGGACGGCGUGGAGACCUACAUGGUGGUCACCAGGAACGUGUUCAGCCACAGGCUGACUGUGCACAGGAAAUACGACCUGAAGGGCUCAACAGUAUCCAGGGAAGCAAGUGAUAAAGAGAAGGCCAAGGAUCUCCCAACGUUCAAAGACAACGACUUCUUGAAUGAGGGUCAGAAGCUGCAUGUUGGAGAAGAGAGUAAAAAGAACUUCCUUGAGAAGCUGAAGCGGGACGUGGAGUUUCUAGCUCAGCUGAAGAUCAUGGAUUACAGUUUGCUGGUUGGGAUCCACGACGUCGACCGGGCAGAGCAGGAGGAGAUGGAAGUGGAGGACCGGGCAGAGGACGAGGAGUGUGAGAACGAUGGUCUGGGGGGAAACCCCAUCUCCUCCUACGGGACCCCCCCGGACAGCCCCGGAAACCUCCUCAACUACCCCCGGUUCUUCGGGCCCGGCGAGUUCGACCCCUCCGUCGACGUCUACGCCAUGAAAAGCCACGAAAGUGCCCCCAAGAAGGAAGUUUACUUCAUGGCCAUCAUAGACAUCCUCACGCCCUACGACGCGAAGAAGAAAGCUGCACAUGCUGCCAAAACAGUGAAACACGGGGCCGGGGCAGAGAUCUCCACCGUGAACCCCGAGCAGUACUCGAAACGCUUCAACGAGUUUAUCUCCAAUAUCCUGGCAUAGUUGUCUUCACCUUCAGCAAGGAAGGAAGAGCAGAGGGGCUCCUUCACCCAGAGAACGCAGCCUGUGACACUCGGACAGACACUGUAGCAGCAUGUGGGGUGUGUGUGGGAUGUGUGUGUGUGGGAUGUGUGGGUGUGGGUGUGCAAGGUGAGUGUGUGGCACUGCGUGACUUCAGAGAAAACUCAUUCUAGGUGCACCCUCCAACAGUCCACUUGACCCAGGAGGAAAAGUGGGAUUUUAUGUUACAGAAGUGCCCAGACAUUUAAGAUUUGAGGGCUUUUUAAACCAAGCAAAGUGCAUUGUUUCAGCACUGCUCUUUCUAGUGACAUUUUCUCCUCUCUGAUCAAGAGGAUCCCAGAGGGAUAUGACGUGGCACUGUAUAAAGGGGUGGCUCUAGAUCAUGUUCAGUGGGAGUGAAGCAGUGCCUGAUUCCACAAACUACUCCUUUUUUUUUUUUUUUAUUUUUAUUUUAUUGGACUGUCUUUACCAGAAAGACAUACAAUCCCUUUUAUUUCCCUCUUGGUAGGAAUUGGAAGGAAAAUAGCUCACCAUUUCAAGGACGGAAACUAUAACUCUGAUAAGGAGGAGUCGCUGAACUUUAGGUAAAUUCAGACUGGGACACUUUAUAUUUUUUGGUUAAUUUAAGUAACAAAAAAAAAAAACAAACUUUUUUUGUAACUGCACUUGAUUUACAAGAAGGACGAGGGAAAUGGAACAUCUACCAAAGAUGAUCUCUUAAAAAAAAAAAAAGGUGUAACUCCUAGAACCUAAAACAAAAACCCACCAGUGUGAGAAGUAGUAGUGGCAUUGACCAACCUCAGCUUAAUGAUGUGCUCGGACCCAUUGUGCUUUCAAUUGGCCAGCUCUGAAGAUUUCCUAAAAGAAAACCAGAAAAAGAAAAGAAGAAAGGCAUUUUGUACCUGUAGAUACGGGAUAACAUUUGACUCUUGGGACGUUUCCCUGUCGCGCCUCGGUCAGGAAUUGCCGCGUCUCUUAGGCCACAGCUGACCAUCACAGUCCUUGCCAGUGUUAAUCUAGCUAAUGUUCAGUCUUCCUUACUCACCCCAUCUGCAACAGGUACUUGAAUUUGUUUCCUGACAGAGGUUCUUGGCUUAGUUGGUUUCUUUUUUUUUCCAAUGGCAAUGUGACUUGCACACGAAGGAAUUGGACUCGCUGCCAGUGGGGAGUGCUGGGAGCUGUGACUGUGGAGCAAAUUCCACUGCUCAGGAGGACUCAGGACUUGAGCUGUGGUUGGUUUUACUCUUCCUCUGCUCCAAAAAAACCCCCUCUCUAGAGCGACAGUCGAGGAGUGGAAAUGUUUGAACACUUUGCGCCAGAUUAUUUUUCCAUCCCCCCCCCGAGGAUUUGGAACCGAUUGGAGUGACUGAAAAACGUCCUGUUUUGUCUCCAGAAUGCUUGUAAUACUUUUCACAGCCAAGCUUGUCGGGCUCGCUUUGGGUUUCGUUAGCUCUGCUGCACAAGUUACAGACACCCCCCCCCCCCUUUUGGUUCUUUUUGGUUUUCAUUUUCCUUUUUUUUCCGAGCAGGAUUCGAGCGUUUUCGAACAAAAAAAAAAAAAACAAACCUCUCGCGGUUUGAAACAUUUGUCGCUUUUCUCUGCCUUGGAACUGUUUUUCACAUAUGCCUUUGUUUCGGGAAUAAGCUUGGCUGGGAUGUCUGUCCUGUGCUGUAACACGUGCUACAGUUUUUGCUGUGUGGAAUUGGGUCCUUUCGAGAGAUAACUUGGUGCUCAUCACAUCCUGGUAAUUUCCCCCUGACUUUUAACGCUGGAUUCUCAAUGUGGGCUUGGGCUUUUGGGGGUUUUUUUGGGGGUUUUUUUGGUUUUUUUUUUUUUUUUUUGGAGUUUCGUGUUCCAUCCCCACAUUUCGUGACGUGAAUCCCGCAGGGUCUCAGCUUGGAAAUGGGACAAAGAAAAGAGGGGGGGCUAAAAAUAAGCCCAACAAGAGUGCACUGUAAAUAGAGUCCUUUAAGAAAUCAAAAAUCAGGGCUUGUGGCAGGGGGGUAUCAAUAUUUUUUUUUUCGGUCAUUCCCUUUGACGUGGGGACAAAUUCCUGGUGCCCCCCCCCUGGAGUCCUUUCCCUGCCCUGGGGGUGUGAACACACCCUUGUCUGGGAGGCUGAAAAGUGUCUUAAGGUGUGUAGCUGGAAAAGCCACAACCCAAAUCGUGCAGCUGUUGAGAAUCCUUUUAAAAAAAA